AUGUCUCGUGGUAAAGUUGCCAUCAUUGGAAGUGGUCUAGUAGGAACCAAUUGGGCCACUAUAUUUUCCAGUGGCGGGUAUGAAGUGCAGCUUUUCGAUGUUAAUGAAAAUCAGCUACACGUGGCUCUAAAAAAUGUCGCAAAGAAUUUAAAGCUUUUAAAUGAAAAUGGCUUGAACCGUGGGUCUUGCAACGAUGUUGAAGCUUUGAAAUACGUUUCGAUAACGCUUGAUUUGCAGACUGCAUUAGAGAAUGCAAUUUAUGUGCAGGAAUCAACCGUAGAAAAUGUCGAAUUCCGCAGAGUGUUUUAUCAAAAAAUCGAUUAUUUUUUGGGACCUGAAACGAUUGUUGCUAGCAGCUCAUCAACUAUUCCUGCUUUGAAGUUCACGGAGCACUUGAAAAAUAGAGAUCGAUAUCUUAUUGCCCAUCCCGUAAAUCCCCCCUUAUACUUGACUUUGACUGAAGUGGUUCCAGCUCCGUGGACCAAACCGGAAGCUGUUAGGAAAACUGUGGAUAUUUUGAAGGCUGUUGGACAAAAACCAGUUCUGUUGAAACGGGAAAUUGAAGGUUUCGCUGUGAAUAGAUUACAAUUCGCCCUUCUCGUAGAAUCUUGGAAUCUUAUUGCUGAUGAUGUUAUUUCCGCCGAGGAUUUAGACGUGGUAAUGUCAGCCGGUCUCGGACCACGGUAUGCUUUUCAAGGUCCCUUGGAAACUAUUCAUUUGAAUGCUAAUGGAGUUCGUGAUUAUUUCAAUAGAUAUGCUAAUGGAUUGCGGAAAGUCACUGCGGAUUUUAAACCAAUUCCGGAUUUUCGAGAUGAAGGAAUUAUUGGAAAAAUCGAAGAAAGUUUGGAAGGCAGAAAACCGUCGAAUUCAAUUGCGGAAUGGCAGUUGGAGAGAGAAAAACUGCUAUUGGAACUUGCUAAAUUAAAGAAAGGGCUCGAAAAAAAUUAA